UUCAUUCCCAGCCCAAAGAUCCAGCCUAACGCAUCCAGCGCUGAGGAGAAACCCGAUGUGUGUGCGCGCAUGUUUCCUCCGCCGGUUUGACGCGUGAAAUCAAGGCCACUAGGAUUGAGGAGAUACCGGGCCCUGCACGCUGGACCUCAAAACGUUUCGUUUUCAAGAAACUGCUCGCCGGCACGCCGUGAGACUUACCUCUGCUCGCCCAAGGCUUUUGAAAAACAAUACCGAUAAACUAACCACAGGUCGUGUUACUGAAACAAUCCUUCGGUCAUGCUGCGCACCUGCCAGACCUCCGCUCCCGGACCGGACUGUUGAAGAAAAAAGACAAGGCAACUUUUGGGGGAAGAAGUUGCCAUCAGAUCGGUCAUCGAAGCGGGGGUGGAGGGGCAAACUAAGUCCCUCCAUCGAGUAGAUCCACCUUUUUUUCUUCACAUCUUCAUCCUUGACAGGAAGGCGAAACGGCGACUUCAGUUGAUUAUCACUCUUUCCUUUGCUAUCCAAUGGAUAUUCACUGCAAAGCAGACCCCUUCACGGCGAUGCACCGGCACGGGGGUGUGAACCAGCUCGGCGGGGUGUUUGUGAACGGCAGACCCCUCCCGGACGUCGUGAGGCAGCGGAUAGUGGAGCUGGCCCACCAGGGCGUCCGGCCCUGCGACAUCUCCAGACAGCUGCGGGUCAGCCACGGCUGCGUCAGCAAGAUCCUGGGCAGAUACUACGAGACUGGCAGCAUCAAACCAGGGGUGAUUGGUGGGUCUAAACCUAAAGUGGCCACGCCAAAGGUGGUGGACAAAAUCGCAGACUACAAGAGACAAAACCCAACCAUGUUUGCUUGGGAGAUCAGAGACAGACUUCUGGCAGAGGGCGUCUGCGACAACGACACUGUUCCCAGCGUCUCAUCCAUUAACAGGAUCAUCCGAACUAAAGUCCAGCAGCCCUUCCAUCCGUCUCCCGAUGGGUCGUCCCUGUCGACACCAGGCCAUACUAUAGUACCAAACACAACAUCUCCGCCUGUAACCAGCGCGUCCAACGACCCUGCAGGAUCCUACUCCAUCAAUGGGAUUCUGGGUAUUCCACGAUCCAAUGGUGAAAAGAGGAAACGAGAUGAAGAUGGUUCAGAUGGUUCUGGCCCAAACAGUGAUUCUCAGGGUAGUGUGGAGAGUUUACGGAAACACCUUAGGGCAGAUGCCUUCACCCAGCAGCAGCUGGAAGCGCUGGACCGGGUCUUUGAACGCCCCUCGUACCCUGACGUCUUCCCUACAUCGGAGCACAUCAAACCUGAACAGGCUAAUGAGUACUCGCUCCCUGCCCUGAAUUCCAGCCUGGACGAAGUCAAGCCCAGUUUAUCCUCUAGCGUCAACCCAGACCUGGGCCCCAGCGUGUCGCAAAGCUACCCCGUAGGUCGGGAUAUGGCCAACACAACUUUACCUGGAUACCCCCCACACGUUCCCCCCACAGGUCAGGGCAGCUACCCAACUUCAACGCUCGCUGGAAUGGUUCCUGGGAGUGAGUUUUCGGGGAACCCAUACAGUCACCCACAGUACACGACCUACAAUGACGCCUGGCGAUUCAGCAACCCAGCAUUACUAAGUUCCCCUUAUUAUUAUAGUGCCGCAUCGAGAGGCUCCGCCCCCCCCACUGCUGCCACUGCCUAUGACCGUCACUAGUUACCAUGGAAACCAAAUCAACCUGCAGGACCAUGGCCUUAGCCUCCAUAUUGCCCCGGUGUGAGCGGCAUGGUCCACUGGACACUGAGCAUAAACAUGUUCCCGGCUCACACAAUGAGAAACGGUUUUUUUUGGUAGCGGACUCCAGACGACUUUUCUCCUCGCAGCUUUUUUGGACACUCAAAAUCCCCCCCCCCCCCAAAAAAAACAAAAAAAACAAAAAACAAUAAGAAGAUCAUCAGAGACACUGAAAGACACUACACACACACACUACACAAUGAAAACUGCUAAUUGCAGCUAAAAAAUGAAAAAGAAAAAGACUACAAACAAAAACUGAAUUUAUUUUCCCCCUGUGACAGUGUCGCAGUCUCAUCCCAUCACGGAUCAAUACUGUACAUUCCUUUUCUUGACGGCUCUCAGCAGGGACGCUGUCCGGAGCUUACAAAUGUAGCAGCAGCCUUUCUUCCCCCCCCCACCAGUUUCCAUUCGUCUCCCACUCCGAUUCAGAUGGCGGCGCAGUGAGAUCAGAGGAGAUUAGCAGCCGGGCACAUGCAGGCUGUGGCAGGCUAACGUUGUUUUUAUCCAUCUGAACAGUCAACGACCAAACAUCCAGCAUGAGUAAAUCGAUCGCUUUUGAUGCCAUGAGAAGAUUAGGACAUGUUCUCUGUGAUACACAAUCAAGAUGUAAAAAUGAAAAUGAAAUAAAUAAAGAAACAUCCGUUUGAAAAAUAGAGGGAGCCAUGACAAUAUAUCACCAUGGUCCGCUAUUUGCAAGAUUUCAAGAAACUAGUAAAUAUAUUCUUAAAAUGAUUUUUUUAUUUCAUUUUUAUAAUUCGUAACGACUAAACUGCAGACUGCUUGGCUCGUGUUUUACGGUUUCUUAUUUGUCAGGAUACAAGAAGUCAUCAGGCGAAACCUUUUUUGUUGAUUUUGCACUAUGUUGGAGGUUUGCAACACUGGAGCGUUUAUUAUGCAGAAAAAAAAAAAUCAUGAUGCAUAUUUGCUUUAUUUCAUGAAACCGACUGCAAGUUUAUCGAGUCUCAGUCUGAAAAGGCACUUACAGUUUCUCCUGUAAUCCAAGGCCCAUCAUGUCACUGCCUUGACGUGCACUACUAUAUUCCCACAGCUUACAUUUUUAUUUAAGUUGAUUAAGUCUUUGGCAUUCAACCACAGACAAGGAUAUAACAGCCAUCCCAAGUCAAACCAGUAUCAUUUGUCUAGUUUGAUGCCCGAAGCAUCGGAUUCUGACAACUCCAAUAAUGUCGAAAAACCAGGGGCGACGAUUUCAGCUAAAUGCCUUAAACACCUUGCCUCCGAACGUCAGCUCCAUCACAUGUUUCAGGCCAAGUUGUUUCUCUGAAUCCAGCUGGAAUGAUGGUUUCUUCAUCUGUCAAGUGAAUGUAUUUGCAUUUGCCAAAGACUUAGUUCUUGUUCAUGUUUAUUUACAGGCCGCCUAUAUGCAUCAUGAGUGCAGUAUUAUUAUUAUUAUUAUUAUUAUUAUUAUUAGGAAAAACCCACGUUGUUCAUGAGGAAAAGUAUAUGUAUAAAUUCUAUGCAGUGCAGAGAUGGUCAUCAUAUGCAUAUUCAGCUGUAAACCUAAAGGUAGGUGGAGUUUAUUUAAUUGUUAUGUUAUUUACAAAUUGUUCAUUUCGUAGAAGGAUUUUUUUGUGUGUGAUGUGAAGACACUUCUCUGUAAAUACAGUAAGAAAAAAUGUCUUUCAUGUUCAUGGGUAUUAUCACUUUCAUUAUGCUGGUCUCACUUGUACAAUAAUAAAAGUGUCUGAAAUCUUUUACGCAAAA